GUCAUCAUACGACGCGACGUCUCAUCUCAUCAUCAUAAUCUUUUCGUGUUCGAUUUAUUGAUUUUUGCCAUGCAAACAACAAUUCUUAAAACUCUGAAUUCGCGUUUCGAUUACCAAAUAUUAAAAUAGUAGGAUUCAGAACAGAAAAAAGCUUUACGCUUGCUCAAAGCUUGCUUUGGACUGAACCUAAUCAAGUCACAAAUUGUUUUGUGGUAGCUUUAAGCUAAAAUUAAUGCUAAAUGUUAAUACAUAAAUGAAACAGAGUUGAAUUGUUUAUCAAACUUUAUUAUGGAAGUACAAACAUCUCAUUUGGCUGCGGCUUUAAUGUCCACAACUAGCACAUAUAAUAACAAUGUUACAAAUCCAGAAACAAUACCGACCGGGUCUAAUAGUGGACAAGACGAAAACAAAAAUGAAAAACCAAGUGAAACAAUCAAAGAGCCUUGUGAAGAAGAGAAAGAUGAGCCUGUUACAGGAGAUGAAUUUUCUGAUGAGGAAUCCGAAGCCCAGCCUGGCAAUAAGUCUAUGCCCGGAAGAGGAGUAACUCUACAAAUGCUUAUGGAGGAAAAAAUGUUAGUUCCUGGUAUUGCUGCAAUGACUAUUGAGUAUUUGGGACAAAAAUUUGUAGGUGAUUUGCAGGCGGAUGGAAAAAUAAAAUCCCAUGAAACUGAAACCAUUUUUUGUUCUCCCUCUGCAUGGGCAAUACAUUGCAAAAGAAUUAUAAAUCCAGACAAGAGAUCGGGAUGUGGCUGGGCAUCAGUUAAAUAUAAAGGGAAGAAAUUGGAUACUAUUAAAGCUACAUAUCUUCGUAGGAAGCAACUUCAGAGAGAAAAUGUGCAUUCCGAUGAGGAAAAUGAAAUGGAAGUUGAAAGUCCUCCAGAACCUCCUCCACAACGGAUUGUAAUGAAACACAACACUGUUCCAAACAGGAUGAUGCAACAUGAUGCCAAUAUGUUGAUAGAAGCUGUAUCAUUUUCCUCGGCCGGUAAAGUUCAGCCAUUCUUAGUCUCAGUCAGUUCCAAUGCAUCUCUAGUCCUUGAUCUUCAUUGUCAUUUGAAAAAGGAAGAAGUUCAUGGUUAUUUAGCUGGAACAUGGGAUUUGAACAGUCAUACUGUCAUGAUUACUCACACAUUUCCUUGCUUAAAAAGUAAGAAUGAUCCAAGACCUAAAGUUUUGAUUGAACUUGAAAUCCAAAUGGAAAUGGAGAGACUCGGACUGACAUUAUUGGGGUGGUAUCAUUCUCAUCCAACAAAUCCUGCAAUGCCAAGUCUUAGAGAUUGUGACAAUCAACUUGAAUAUCAGAUUAAAAUGAGGGGUCCAUCGGAAAUAUCUUAUGUACCAUGCAUUGGUGUAAUAUGCUCACCUUAUAAUCCGGAAAGUCCAGUUUUAGAAUCGUCGUUAACAUUCUUUUGGGUAAUGCCGCCACCAGAGCAGAGACCCACAGAAUAUCCUCGGCCCCUCUUUCUCCAAUACAACAUGGUUCACGACACUCACUUGUCGCCACAUGCAAUGGAACAGAUUAAAAAAACAAUCAAGUAUUACUUUAAUUAUGCAGAUGAAACAUUCAUUAAGUUUAAAGAUAAUUACAAACCCGAUAUAACAUAUUUGGAUAAAUUGAAGUCUACUUUGACACCGAAAUUUCCCCGAGAGCAAAGUGAUGGCUUGUUAUGGCAUUUCAUUCGUGAUGAGUUGGGUUGUUCAUCGGAACAAGAUGAGAAAAUAGAUUUAGACGCACUUUUAGCUGUACCCCAACCGAUCCCGCCGCCUAAAACUACGCAAUCCACAUCAAUGCCUAAUUUCCCUUCAGUUAGUACUCUCCAGCAAAUGGUCAGCCGGCCGGCCGGUGUUCCUCCCAUCAACGUGUCGUCUGGCAUAGGUUCUAUAUCUCCUCAUAAGUUUGAAACUCCUCAGUUAAACAUUCCUGUAUUACCGACAUCGUCGAAAUCAUCAAAAUCGAGCACGUCUUCAAUGUCAUCUGCGUACCCUACUGGCUUAGAUAUGUUGACGAGCAUGGCUUUAGGAUUAGGGUCAGCAAAUAUGCCCCUACCUUUAGGAACCGGUAGUUUAGAAAGCUUAGCCGCAGCGAAUAGUAUGCUAACAGGACUUACACCCGGACUUUCAUCAAACUUAGCAGCGAGUCUCUCCAAUACCAAGUUAUCGGAUCCACCAUCUUAUGCUGCGUCAUUACAAAAUUUAACAAGUAUGGCAGCCUACGAGAAAACUUCUACAAGUACUUCAACGAGUAAUACCACUUCGACGGCACCCAUUCCAGCUAGUAUUGCUUCUAGCCUUAUGAUGAGUUCCGCAGAUAUUGCCAAUGCCUUAUUUUCGGCAAGCAAGUAUUCCAGUGCCGGUAUACUAGGAAUACCAGAUCCGAUGUCAAAGUCAACUUUAGCCGCAAAUAAUAUGUUUCUGACGCCAUCUUUGUUAAAAAUGCAGGAGUCUCUUUUAAAACCUCUUGCUAAUAGUAGUCCCAUUUCUUCAAAAGUUGGUUUAGAUCAGAAUGUAUUAAUGAAAUCUCCGCAUGACCUAUUAAAAAGCAGCAAGGAUUAUUUACCUCCAGAUUUUGGUAGUAUUGGAAAAGGUAAAAUGGAAAGUUCGUUGGAUACAGGAAAACAUACUGAGAGUUCGUCGAAAGCUGAUCCUUCUAAGCCUAUCGCUUUAACAUCGGAUACAGCAACUGAUUUUAGUAUGCCGUCACGUGUUGGUGGAGAAUCAUUUUUGAAUCAAAUGUUAGAGUUGACUAAAAAGACUACAAUGCAGGAUUACAUGUCUGAUUAUAAUCAGCCAUUGAAAUUGACGGAAGAAGAAACUUCGUCUGCUUCACAAUCCAGUCAUUCUUAUCCAAAUACAUCUAGUAUAGUAGACACCAUUGCGCAGGUAGCGAUGGGAAAUUAUUCCAAGAUGGACGACGUUAUGGAUUACACUAAAGGGCAAGAUUAUAGCACAUCUAAAAACUCUUCGAAUGACAAUGAAAAUUAGAAUAACUCAUUGAUACCGUAAUAUUAAAAAAAUCUGCAUUUAUCUGAUCUGGACAUUUAGACUGAUAAUUUAACUUAUUAAGAUAUUCGCGAUUGGUCGAGUUGAUUUUGUAUUAAUCGUAGUAUUAUAGGUUAUGAAUUAGUUUUAGGUUAAACUUUGUAAGUGGUGUAUAAUUAUAAAAAAAAAUAAUUUAAUUUUUAUACAAAUCUGAAAAAUAUUUUAUACAGUUAAUUUUUACAAUCGUAUGUCAAUUUUUUUUCGAAUGCUCUGUUUUAUAUUGUAUGUAUAAGGAAUGCUCUGCUCUCUUUUAUCUUUUGUGGCGUACGUCGAUCUAAUAUUCUAUUCGGGAUAAAUACUUUAGGGCCGACAUACACGGACUACUUCAAAUAGUCCUUCGUCAGUUUCAAGUGAUUUUAAAUAGGAGAUCAGCAGUUACCGACCAUGCGACAGUACGUGUUUGUCAACCCUAAAUAAAUAAAUGAUUACGAUCGACCCUCAACUGCUUGUUUAUACAUGGAAAUUAUUUUUUAUACUAAUAGUAUUAUUUUAAAUGUAUGCUUAUUAAUAAUAAAUAAAUUAUUCUACAUAAAUUUUAUUGCUAUUUUAAACCAUAAGUUUACAGUAAUUCAUCCCAUUUCUGCGAUAUAAUUA